AUGCCGGGACUGUACACGCUCUGUGGAGCUGGAGACCCCAAGUCACGCAAUGGGAUCGCCAUCCAUAUUUACACCUGCAAUGUGUCAAUGAUUGACAGGUGCUUGUAUAACUCUGAUGGGGACUUUCUCAUCGUCCCACAACAAGGAAAACUCUUAAUUCUGACUGAGUUUGGGAAGAUAUUGGUGGAACCAAAUGAGAUCUGUGUCCUUCAGCAAGGGAUGAGGUUCAGCGUUGAGGUCUUUGGUAACUCCAGAGGUUACAUCCUGGAAGUAUUUGGGGUCCACUUUGAGCUCCCUGACCUGGGACCAAUAGGAGCCAAUGGCCUGGCUAACCCCCGGGAUUUCCUGACCCCUGUGGCCUGGUAUGAAGACAGGACAGUGGCCGGUGGUUACACGGUGAUCAGCAAGUAUCAGGGGAAGCUCUUCUCUGCAAAACAGGACUUUUCACCAUUCAAUGUGGUUGCCUGGCAUGGGAACUAUGCCCCCUAUAAGUACAAUCUGGACAACUUCAUGGUCAUUAACUGCGUUGCGUUUGACCACGCGGACCCUUCCAUCUUCACUGUGCUGACUGCUAAAUCCCUCAGACCUGGGGUCGCUAUUGCAGAUUUUGUCAUUUUCCCGCCCCGCUGGGGGGUGGCUGACCGCACCUUCCGCCCUCCCUAUUACCACAGGAACUGCAUGAGCGAGUUCAUGGGUCUGAUCAAGGGUCACUAUGAAGCCAAAGAAGGAGGGUUCCAGCCCGGGGGAGGAAGCCUGCACAGUGCAAUGACCCCUCAUGGGCCGGACCUUGACUGCUUCGAGAAGGCGAGCACUGCCACGCUGGCGCCAGAACGGGUGGCGGAAGGAACAAUGGCCUUCAUGUUCGAGUCCUCCCUCAGCAUGGCUGUGACCCGGUGGGGACUGGAGACCUGCAGACGCCUGGACAAAGAAUACUACCGCUGCUGGGAGUCGCUGCGCAGCCACUUCACCCCCUCACAGCGCAGCAAGCCCUGAUCCCCCGCAGAGCGUUACGCCCAUCUAUACCACCAUCUGAGAUCACGGCGGCUCCUGUCACCUGUGUCAUCCACACAAUAAUAAAUCUGACAAGUGUUCAAAC